AUGUUCGGAAUGCAGAAUCAUUUCGCACAGUUAAACGUCUCAUCAGGAAUCGACAGUAUGAAAUCAGCUCUUCCGGGUCCGUCAUGGAUGGGUCCCGUUAGCAUGGGGACCACUUUGGUAGCCGUGGAAUUUGAUGGAGGCGUUGUCCUCGGUGCUGAUUCGCGAACAUCCUCCGGGGGAUACAUCGUCAACCGGGUCACCGACAAAAUCACGAGAAUCACCGAUUAUAUCUAUUGCUUGCGGUCCGGUAGCGCGAGUGACACGCAGGCCGUAGCGAACGCUGCUGAAUUUCACCUUGGUUUUCUGAAGAUCGAAUUGGGUCAGGAGCCGUUGGUGAAGAUGGCAGCGAAUGUAAUUCACGAUAUUUGCUAUAAUAAUCGUGAUAAGCUUCUGGCUGGAAUAAUCUGCGCUGGCUGGGAUCCGAAGGAAGGCGGACAGUUUAUGAAGUCACUCAUUUUUGGCAUUGAGGCAUGGAGUGGUAGGGAACAGCCCUCUGGAGGGGCAGCGUGGAAAAAAUUUCGGUUCUUCACGCGUUGUUCUGUGAGAUCAGCUGUCGAAAACAUGUUCGGAAUGCAGAAUCAUUUCGCACAGUUAAACGUCUCAUCAGGAAUCGACAGUAUGAAAUCAGCUCUUCCGGGUCCGUCAUGGAUGGGUCCCGUUAGCAUGGGGACCACUUUGGUAGCCGUGGAAUUUGAUGGAGGCGUUGUCCUCGGUGCUGAUUCGCGAACAUCCUCCGGGGGAUACAUCGUCAACCGGGUCACCGACAAAAUCACGAGAAUCACCGAUUAUAUCUAUUGCUUGCGGUCCGGUAGCGCGAGUGACACGCAGGCCGUAGCGAACGCUGCUGAAUUUCACCUUGGUUUUCUGAAGAUCGAAUUGGGUCAGGAGCCGUUGGUGAAGAUGGCAGCGAAUGUAAUUCACGAUAUUUGCUAUAAUAAUCGUGAUAAGCUUCUGGCUGGAAUAAUCUGCGCUGGCUGGGAUCCGAAGGAAGGCGGACAGGUUUACCUAGUUCCUUUAGGCGGCAUGAUGGUCAGACAGAAGAUCGCUGCUGGUGGCUCUGGCAGUACAUAUAUUUAUGGCUACCUGGAUUCAAUGUUCAAAGAAGGGAUGAACCAAGUCGAAUGUAUCGAAUUCGUCAAGAAAGGCGUUGCCCUGGCGAUGUCCAGAGAUGGAAGCAGUGGAGGAGUCAUUCGGCUUGCUGUCAUCACCGAGAAGGGGGUUGAGCGGUUGAACUUCUCUGGAGCUGAAAUUCCAAAGUUCUACGAAGGAUAAAAUGUGAACAUUUGAUGGUUGGAGUGUUGCUACCACUCUAUUAUAUCCGUCUUUCUUUCCUUUUCAAA